GGGUGAGAGGUGGUGGCGGAGUGGACGAGUUAGGGACCAUCCAUUGUUGUAGGAACGCAAAAAAUCUGUCAAAACUUGAUCCCUGCCCCCCCCCCUAACUAAUUUAAAUGUAGACAAUUAUUAUCAAGGCUUCCCACUCCACCCACCCCCCCGUUUCCUAUGUGCACAUUGCCAAUACACCCGCCUUCACUCCACGCGUCCGCACCAAGUGGCCCCUUAAGCGCUUGACGAGACGUGGCCACGUCCGGAAACUCCGAACCGCGAACGACUUUGCGUCAACAAACAAACCAACCAACAACAACAAUAAUAAUAGUAAACAACGCAAGCGCCAAAAAGCAAUUGGAAAUUACUGAGGAGGAGGAGGAGGGGGGGUGGUGGAUGAAGAAGAAGAAAAAAAAGCAACAGUUUGGCGCGUUAAACGAGCAUCGGAUUAAGAGUUUAGCCGAACCAAAAAAAAAAUCUGCGUUAAAUUAACAAGCGUUAAACCAAAGAGUUCGCUGAACGAGAGAGCUGCGCCUGUCGAAAACCUGAGUUGGACGAGGACGAGAAGACGGCGGCAUUGGUGGGGGUGUGUGUGAGUGGUGAGGGGGUGAGGUUGUCGAGCGUGCGAUCGGGGCCAGACAUGAUUGAGAUGGUGGCAGAGCUGACACGAGGGCCGGUGUUUCUGGCCGGAGAGGUUCUCGAGUGCGUUGUAACCUUCACCAACCCCGAGGUGUGGCUUCAUUCUUCAGCUGGCCGUGAGAGCGGCAGUGAGACUCUGGCAUGGGCGAGCGUGCAGCUCCACUGUCAGAUGCUCGUGAGCGAGGUUCACGUGGCCCUUCCUCCGUCGAGUCCUCGAAUCCCCGGUUCCCAGGCCAUGAGCGAAACUGCCUUCGUACCCAACCGAGGAGAGAGGGGGCAGUGCGUUCUCUCCACUGCUCCGAAGAUCCUCUUCUGUGACCUACGCCUCGCUCCAGGGGAGAGCAAGGCUUUCGUGUACAGGGAGACUCUGCCCGCGGACGCGCCCCCGUCGCUGAACGGCCAGGCCGUGCGCUAUGCGUAUCGCCUCUCCGUGGGCUGCCAGCGGCUGCAGGGCACGCACGCCACCGCGCUGCUGCGCAUGCCGUUCCGCGUACUCGUGCUCCAAGGACUGCUGGACUACCGGCCCCUAGAUGAAGACGAUGGCACGAUGGCACCUGUUAACCCAUUCCUGGACGAUGGAGAUGAUGAUGAUGACGGUGAUGGUGGCGAUGGCAAAGACAAGGAGUGGGACUCGGACAAGCAGGGUGGCAGCAAGCUCAUCGAUGUUGCAAUCGAUCUGAUCGCAGACGUCACAUCUCGAAGUCGCCCAUGUGCGCUCAACGUGGUGAGCCCACAGGGCGGCGUGGGGCGGCUGAGCGUGGCGCGCACCGCGUACCGACUCGGCGAGGAGGUGUCCUGCAGCAUCGACUUCUCGGCGGGCGAGGUGCGCUGCCUGCACUUCUCCGUGCUGCUGCAGGCGCAGGAGAGCGUGGAGGCCUCGACAUGCCAGCACCGCCACGGCUCGCCUGCGCCCGUGACCCACGCGUCACACCACGAGCUGUGCCUGCACACGGGGGGCACGCACGCCGCCCUCCCCGUGCCCCUGCACGCGCCGCCCAGCUUCAGCUCGAGCCUCGUGAGCGUGCGGUGGCGGCUUCACUUCCAGUUCGUGGUGGCCGUCGAGCCGGAGGCUGUGCCGCCGCUGCAGCGCGGAUCAGCGCCGGGUCUGGGCUGUGUGUGGCGCGGCGCGCAAAGCGUCCGCACCGAGACGCUCAGCUGGGACCUGCCCAUCACUGUGCUGCCCUGCGACCCCCUGACAGCUCGCAGCGGCUGGCUUGUGGAGCCCUGUGGCUCCAUGCUUCUGUGAAGGGUGCCUUGAUCCAUGCUUCUCUUUGUUUGGCCCCCAAUAUUAUUUCAGUUUCAUGCCAUGAGAUGAAGAGCGUUUGUGCUGAACUGCCCUCCGAUGCUCUUCUGGGGUUGUACCGCACGUUGUACGGCGUGAUGUCCCAUCCAUUCACAACUCCUUUGGAGAAGUAUAUCAUCACGCCUUAUAUAACGGUCUGCAAAAGCAGAUUUUCAAAGAACUUUCUUUCCGAGAUCUCAAGUAUUUUUUUUUCUAAUUCUCACACUAGGUGGCGCACUUUCCCACAUGCAACACGACGAGUUCAUGUUUGUUGCAUGACCGUAAAAUUGAUAUUUAUAAUUUCCAGAGCUGAAAUUUUGACAAACUAAGUGAAACCCAAAUUUAACAUGACGGAAAAAAAUGUCCAUUUAUUUGGUGACCAGGUUAAGACCAUCAAUAUUCUAAACUUUAAAAGCUGGUUUCAUCACAGUGAGCUAAAAUCCAGAUUCAAGCCCAAAAUCUCAGCGGUAACGGCACAGCACGCUGACCCGUGACCCACUCGGCCACCUCGCUCCAUGCUGCUGUAAAGGAAGUGUCGAUCAAGCGAUUAUCGGUCGUGCCACUCGUUCCCGUUGUCAGCUCUGAGGAUACCCAUUUGUUCCCUCGGGUGCUAGGCCAGCUCGGUGGAGGCUGCUUCUUUACAUAGCCCCAGGAAAAAUGUGGGACGUGAUUGACACUGGGUCACAGCCUGUGGAACUCGGUGGAAUUGGGAAUUUAGAUGUGGUCAUAGGCCCUCUGUUACUGUGUCCACAGAGCCUGUGGCUGACUGACGACCUGUAGCGUGAUGUGCUUGGCCAAAUUAGCCAGGGGACCGUGCACCAGUGAAAAGGGAGUCUGAGUAUUUGUUUAAUUGCCAAAAUUAAUAUUGUUAAUGUUGAUUCGGGGCAGUUUCACAAAUUAGGCAAACUUAUAGUGAACAUAAAAAAUUUAGUAGUAUAAUGAAAGUUAUGUGGUGUAAUAUUUGAAAGUCAUUCGCCAUAGAUUUAGAAAAUGUCUCAUUUACAGAAUACGUCUUUUUUACACGUUCACGAAAUUUGAGAUGCACCAUCACCACUCCAGAAUGGAUUAAAACAUCUGAGCACAUCUGAAACCGUGGGAUUUUAUGAUCAGUUUUACUAGAUCAUGAAAAAGUGGACAUAUGUGUUUUCUGAGUAGGGACUGUAAUUAAGUUAAAACAAUUUAUUGCAAUAGUUUGUAUCAAUUAUUAGUGUAAAAUAACACAAAUAAAUAAUCAUAGGAAUGUCCAUCUGUCUACAUGAAAAUGAAAUGUUUCAUAGCCCAUCAGUCUCUUGGCCCUCCAGAUUAGUAUUAUCCAGCAGCAUUUGUUUAAGCAAGCAAAAUUCUACGUCUCAUCAGCAGAAAUUGCCUAGUUAAACACAUACUGCUGGAUUACCAGAUAUCAUUGCUCAGAACAGUUAUACCUUUUGACUUGUUAUUGUGACUGUUUUUCGAAAGUAUUCUCAUGAGAGUGUAUUUUAUUUAAGUGAAACACACAUCAUUGCAGACGUAGUGUUUGCAAUAUUAUUGUUUGUAUUAGUAUGCAAUUAUCACAGACAUAGUGUUUACAUUAUUAUUGUUUGCAUUAGUAUUAAACAAAUCAUUUACGGCCUUUUGCCAGUCUACGACCAGAUGAAGGCCUCUUUGUACAGUGCCGGUCUCGGAGUUGUUUGACCAUAUUUCACCACACUGGUCAGUGCAGGUUGGUGAAGGAAUAGAGAGUGCCUGGUCCGGUUCAAAGAUAGCACGCGCCACCGACAUUAUCCAUGGCAAUGAAUUUAACUUUGAUGGCCGGGUUCAUAGCGCAGUGCUUGAACCGCUGCUCGACUGCUUUAUUCAGACAUCCUGCAAUGGUUUUGCAAUUUUACCGCACAAUUAUAGCCUGAACACAAUUGAGCUUGUAUUCGUUUUUUUAUUAUUAAACAGCACAACGUGCCUGUCUAAAUUGUUUGCGUUUUAAAUAAGUGUGACUGCUCUGGCACUGUAACAGAUGCAAUGUAGUGGUAAAAUGUGUCACAUUUGAAGGGACCCGCCCGUAAUGCGCGACAAUAAUACACGCGUUGUCCCAUUACUGCAGCGUAAUUGACAAGAUUUAAUGAAUCCCAAAUCAACGAACAGCAUAAUGGUGCCGAAGGCAGUUGCACCACAUGCAGCCCCACGGGUGCGCAAUAUCGUUUAAUAGUCCCUGAUGGUAACGGACAUGCGUUAAGUGGUGAAUAUGGUACAUCCUAAUGUUACUGGGGUUCUGCCAGUGGUUUCGUACGUCGGUCAGCGUAAAAUACCGACGUGGAGCAAUACACACAGGCUCCCUCCUGCACUGCGAGUCAUUGUAUGGAUACUUGUCCACUUUGCGAAAAUCUACUCGACCCCAGGUGCAACUACAAGCUCCCCAAUGAAUAAAAAUGAAAAAAAUCGGAGAGAAAACAUCGAAACGAGUUCCCCGUUCCGUGAACCACAGAGCUCGAGUUCCUCCUCCCACGCCGCGCAUGUCCGUGGGAAGAGGAGCCCGAAUUCUCCCAGACGAUUUCGCUUCUUGAGGCCGGGCCUGAAUUCCCUCCGGCAGAAUUUACGCCAACUCGCGUUGGGCAGCUUAAAGGACGCGACCUGGGCUUGGCUAUCUUCACUCCAACGCUGUCCUCUGGACAGUCCGGUCCCUUCACCUGAUGAAGGCCACUUGUGUUGUGGCCG